UGUUAACGGCUACAAGGUUGAUUUGCACCGCUACCCACAUGAAAGAUUCAAAUCUUUAUUAUUAAUUUUAUUAAGUAUAACUUAAAUACAUUUUUGAUUUAAAAAGAGUAACUGGAGACGGCAAACCUUCAUAGCCUAAACAUGGCAUCACUUUAUGCACUAGAUAUGAGUCAAUUAAAGGGUGUCGCAAUAUUCUGGCUGAAGAAGACAGUCACCAAAGUGAUGAUGAAUGAUUUCAACAAGAAUGGAGUGUGGGAUAUGGAGGAUUGUAGGAAAUCAGCUGAGAAGAUGAUCAAGAUAGGAAAUCUCAAAGGAGCCAAAGCUGAGGAGGUCUACACGUACUGGGAAAAUAUGCCGCCGUACUUUAACACAGCGACAAACUUAACUGAUUGGAUCAUUGGCGAAAUCGAUUUUAGAAAUGAUCCGAACAGCCCACCCAUAGUCUCUGAAUACCUUGAAAAAUGGUUCAGUAUCCUAGAUUCUGAUAGAGAUGAUGCCAUUGACCUCAAUGGGUACAAAGUUUUCUGGGAUGCAUAUGGCCUUGACCCCGAUUACUUAAAGCGCCAGUUUGACUACAUUGAUGCGGAUAAAGAUGGUAUUAUAUCACGUCAGGACUUUGUAAAAGCGGGUAUUGACUUUUGUUACAAUACUGAGGAAAACGCUAACAUAUUUUGGGGACCAAUUAAAGACCUUAAGAUGGUUUAAGGAAAAUGUGGGGGUAACAUGGCUGCUACACUUGGAAUACAUGCAAUAUUGUGUAUGCCAUAUCUACAAUAGUUCAGUUCAGUGUCUUUAUUUCCUCCACAUAGGUGAAGAUUUAAACAUUACAUAUAAUUACAGACAAUUCACAUUAACAGAUUGUUUACAUUUGUACAUAUUAAUUGUUACAUAUAGAUUUACAUGUUUGUUUGAUUUCUGUUUACUGGUUACUGAUUACUGUAGUUUAUAGUUCAUUUGCGCCACGUCCUUUCUUUUGAUGAUUAAAGGGGCAACAAGGCCUGUAGAGAGAAAAUUAGAAAAUUCUUACUUUUUGAGCUAUCAGGGGAACAUUUGGCUUAAUAUCUUCUAUGAUAUAUAUAAUUACUGAAAAUGUAUGGAUAAACUUGGCCUAUCAAUAUCAGCAUUAAGAAGUGUAAAUUCAGUCCAAAGCAGUUCUAUAAAUGGAGUCCCAUUUAUAGAUUUGAAGAUUCAACACGUUUCAAGAGGAAUAUCAGCUGAAAUAAUGUUCAUCCAGGGGAUUUCUUUGGAGAUAAUAAAAU